UUUUGCACUGAAAAGAAAUUCGAACGUCUCUAUACAUUUUAUCUCAAAAUCAAGCAAACAUCAACCCCUUUUAUCUUAUCUUUCUCGUCCCCUCACUCUUCUCCAAGCUCUGCUUCAAUGGCAACAUCUUCAGCUCUUUCUACAGUCACCCUACGUUCAUCCUCUCGCCUUUCAUCAUCCACAGCAGCCCUCAUUACACCUACAUCACUAGUUUUCCCCAAACAGAAUCUAGAAUUCCCCCUCCGAACUACCAAACUCGCUCGCAGAUCGACAUUACUCCGUCCUGUGGCCGUGGUAGCGGAGGAGAAGGUAGUACAGCUAGGAGAUGAAAUCUCGAAUCUAACGCUAUCAGAUGCACAGAAACUCGUCGAAUAUCUCCAAGACAAGCUCGGAGUCACCGCUGCGUCUUUCGCUCCUGCUGCUGUUGUGGCGGCGCCUGGAGGAGCGGGGGCAGAAGCGGCGGCAGUAGUGGAGGAGAAGACGGAGUUUGAUGUGGUUAUUGAUGAAGUUCCGAGUAAUGCGAGGAUUGCGACGAUUAAGGUCGUUAGGGCUAUGACGAGCUUGGCGCUUAAAGAGGCGAAAGAGCUCAUUGAAGGACUUCCGAAGAAAUUCAAGGAAGGAAUAUCGAAAGAUGAAGCUGAAGAUGCGAAGAAACAACUUGAAGAAGCUGGCGCCAAAAUUUCAAUUGUUUAGUUCAUGAUUUUGUGUUCACGAAUUGAAGGACAUAAUUUACUUCAACGGAUGCAAAUUUCAACUCAAAUCUCUUCGCAUUCGUGUUACUCUAGCUCUGAUGAUAUUACAAAGUCUGUAACUUUUUUCAUUUUAAGCUUGCAAAAUGAGCUUCAAUCUCGCUUAAAAAACGUGAAAGCAUUUUGCGAAUGCUCAUACUUUCAUUUUCUUAUCAAACUUGAAGAUGCAUAGUCUCCAAC